AUGCGGGGAAGCCGCUAUGCGUCGCCUCGUCAGCUACUCAGCUAUACAUUAGUCGGUCUAGUCAUCUAUCCGACUAUCGUAUCCUUGCUUCGAUUUCGCAGAUUGAGAAAACUGCACAGAAGAUAUCACUAUCCUACCCGAGCGUCGAUGGCUCGGAUGACAGAUAAUGAAGCCUGGGAGAUUCAGAAAGUUAUCUCGGAACUAGAGUUUCCGUUCAUGUACAUCAAGGCUCUCCAAUUUGCGCUGUUCAGGACAUACGGAAUCCCUACAAUAUCCAGCCUAUUGGUUGGAACCAGUCAGUUCACGAACCCGCGCACCGCUCUGAAGCGUUACGUGGACACAACUGUCUUAAUUGGCGAGUUCAUCGCACACGCACCUACCUCAGACCGUGCCCAGAGCGCUAUUUCACGUAUCAAUUACUUGCAUAGCGGGUAUCGCAGUACGGGAAAGAUCCUCGAGGAUGACAUGCUCUAUACGCUGAGUCUGUUUGCCAUCGAGCCCAUCCGCUUUAUCGAUACGUACGAGUGGCGCAAGUUGAGUGAAUUGGAGAAAUGUGCACUUGGGACGUAUUGGAAGAGCUUGGGUGAUGCCAUGCAAAUCAGUUAUGAAGCGUUGCCGUCAUAUAAGACUGGAUUCAGGGACGGUCUCCAUUGGCUGGAAGAGAUGGAUGUCUGGAGAAGAGCGUAUGAAAAGGAGAAAAUGGUGCCGGAUCAAAAGAACAAGUGCACGGCUGACCAGACGACGUCGAUACUGGUAUAUAUGCUUCCAACGAGGAUGGAACAUAUUGGAUACAAGUUCGUCUCCUAUAUGAUGGAUGAUCGUUUGCGCAGAGCUAUGAUGUAUGAACCACCUCCAGCAUUAUAUGCCACGCUCUUCUCGGCAAUGCUAGCCAUUCGCAAGUUCUUUUUGCGCUACCUAGCUCUCCCACGUCCGUAUUUCCUACGCCCGGUCAGGUUCUCUGAUCAACAAAACGAAUAUGGACGUUUCUUCACCUCAGAAUGGGAUGCUGCCCCUUACUACGUCAAACCAACGCUUUGGAAUCGAUGGGGUCCCACAGCAUGGCUUACCUGGGUCCUAGGUCAUCCUCUUCCUGGAGACGAGGGUGACAAAUACUAUCCAAAAGGAUACUACAUUCCGGAAGUCGGUCCCAAAUACCAGGAAGGAAAAGGAUAUGAGCAAAUGAAAGAGAUGAGAAAGAGGUUACACGAGGAACGGACGGGGAAGUGUCCCUUUCAUUGA